AGAGAGCCAGACUCUGUCUUCUAGAGACUCUAGCUAGACGAAGAAGCUCGUGAAAACAUGGCGGCUCGCACGGUCGGAAAGGGAUGUUUCGAGAUAGUUUCAAAUAUUACAAAAGCCGGAAUCCCGCACCGGAUUUCGGCGACGUGAUCGAUCUCGAACGUCCAGAUCGCAUCAGAGUUAGGAAACUCGAGGCACAUGUAACUGGCGAACAGACAGAGGACAAUUUUGGCCUCAAAUCGGCGAAGAAAUGGAGAAUUUACGAGUUACUGGAUAUUCCCGGACUCAUCUUUAUUCAGAAUCCAUUUACAUCCAACGGCCAACAAUACUGGAUCACGAAAUGUUUGAAAGACUACUCUAAGGAGCCGUACAAGUUAAAUAUAGACGCUCAUAAUAUUUUAAAUAACGAAACGUGGUGGGACAUAUGUUUUCAAACGAAGAGAGCUAAAACCCUCUUGCCGAAAUUACGAUGGGCGACGCUGGGAUAUCACCACAAUUGGGACACGAAAUUAUACUCGGAAGAUUCGAGAAGUGGCAUGCCGACGGAAUUAUCCGGUCUGACAUGCAUUUUGGCGAAAGCAUUAGGUUUCUCGGACUUUAGAGCGGAGGCCGCGAUUGUAAAUUAUUAUCGGAUGAACUCGACUUUGGCGGGGCAUACAGAUCAUUCGGAGAUGAAUGUUACAGCGCCGCUCUUCUCCAUAAGUUUCGGGCAGACAGCGGUCUUUCUGAUUGGCGGUCUUAAACAGGAGGAUCCGACUAAUGCUAUCUUUCUGCGAAGUGGGGACGUAGUGAUAAUGUCGGGAAGCUCCCGUCUGAGGUAUCACGGGGUACCGCGGAUUUUAGCGGCGUCGAAAGCACCUUGGGACGACGAUUGUGAGGACAAUUGCAAAAGUCCCCCGUACAAUCUGGACGAUUGGCGUAAAGCGCGAACUUACAUCGCCGAAGCUAGAAUUAAUAUGAAUGUAAGACAGGUUUUAAAACCUGAGCAGAUUGUACUAUAUUGAACCGCAUUGUAUUUUUUGUACAUAAAUAUUAAAGAUAUUUUAUUUUGACAAAAAA